AUGCGUGGUACGCCCGCCCCCGCCCAGUCCCCCCUCUCUGGGGAUGCGCGCCCCCUCCCCUGCCACCUCCCCGUCACCGGCCGCGGGCGACAGCGCACAUCAGCGCCGCCUCGGACCCACCGGGCGACCACGGACCACCGCGGCCCAGGGCUGCUUCUGACACAACACACCUCCCCAGCCAUCCCGACUCCGCGCUGCGAGGCCCGGAGGAGGGGAGGGGAGCGGCCGCCCCCGGUCACCGGCCACCGGCCACCCCGCCACCGGCCACCCCGCCCCGCCACCGGCCACCGGCCACCCCACCGGCCACCCCGCCACCAGCCACCGGCCACCCCACCGGCCACCCCGCCACCAGCCACCGGCCACCCCGCCACCGGCCACCGGCCACCCCACCGGCCACCCCGCCACCGCCCACCGGCCACCCCGCCACCGGCCACCCCGCCCCGCCACCGGCCACCCCGCCACCGGCCACCCCGCCCCGCCACCGGCCACCGGCCACCCCACCGGCCACCCCGCCACCAGCCACCCCGCCCCGCCACCGGCCACCGGCCACCCCACCGGCCACCCCGCCACCAGCCACCGGCCACCCCACCGGCCACCCCGCCACCAGCCACCAGCCACCCCGCCACCGGCCACCGGCCACCCCACCGGCCACCCCGCCACCGCCCACCGGCCACCCCGCCACCGGCCACCCCGCCACCAGCCACCGGCCACCCCACCGGCCACCCCGCCACCGGCCACCGGCCACCCCGCCACCAGCCACCGGCCACCCUGCCACUGGCCACCGGCCACCAGCCACAGGCCACCGGCCACCCCGCCACCGACCACCCCGCCACCCCCGCCACCCCCGCCACCAGCCACCGGCCACCCCGCCACCCCACCGGCCACCCCGCCACCGGCCACCCCGCCACCGGCCACCGGCCACCCCGCCACCGGCCACCCCGCCACCCCGCCACCCCCGCCAUCCCGCCACCCCCGCCACCGGCCACCGGCCACCCCGCCACCCCACCGGCCACCCCGCCACCCCGCCACCCCGCCACCGGCCACCGGCCACCCCGCCACCCCACCGGCCACCCCGCCACCGGCCACCGGCCACCCCGCCACCGGCCACCGGCCACCCCACCGGCCACCCCGCCACCAGCCACCGGCCACCCCGCCACCGGCCACCGGCCACCAGCCACAGGCCACCGGCCACCCCGCCACCGGCCACCCUGCCACCCCGCCACCCCGCCACCCCGCCACCCCCGCCACCGGCCACCGGCCACCCCGCCACCCCACCGGCCACCCUGCCACCGGCCACCCCGCCACUGGCCACCCCGCCACCGGCCACCGGCCACCCCGCCACCGGCCACCCCGCCACCCCCGCCACCGGCCACCCCGCCACCGGCCACCGGCCACCCCGCCACCCCGCCACCGGCCACCCCGCCACCGGCCACCCCGCCACCCCGCCACCGGCCACCCCGCCACCGGCCACCCCGCUACCGGCCACCCCGCCACCCCACCGGCCACCCCGCCACCGGCCACCCCGCCACCCCCGCCACCUGCCACCCCGCCACCGGCCACCCCGCCCCGCCACCCCGCCACCGGCCACCCCGCCCCGCCACCGCUCACCCCGCCGCCGGCCACCCCGCCCCGCCACCGGCCACCGGCCACCCUGUCACCGGCCACCCCGCCACCGGCCACCCUGCCCGGCAAGCCCGGCCGGGGCAGAGCUGA